UGGCCGAAUAGUGCGCAGACGCAUCAUAGUCAUAUGAUAAAAGAGGAACUUGAAGGUCUAGUAGGACAACAUUAUUCUAACCUUAUUUAAAUUAGCAGUAAUUGGCAUGUGAUCAUAGAUGAUGGAUGUUGUCAAUAAUAAUGAAAUAAUUUUUGCAUUUUCGUCUAUAUUUCUACAAAGAGAAGCUGAUUUAUAUAUUUUAAAAUAUGAAAAUACUUGAAUACGUACUAACUAAAUAGAUUAAAACGUCAUGAAGAUAUUGGAUAACAUAUAUUGUCACAAGCAAUAUUAUUCAACAUUUAUAAUGUCAUCAGAUAUACUGUCAUUUGAACUAUAACAUUGUCUUAUUUUCUCGAUCUUUUCUAUACUCGAUAAAUAAAUUAAUUUAUUUAUAGCAAUAUAUUUUCUUAUAAUCAGAAAAAUGUGUGAAGACAUACAUGUUAAAGAACAAUGGCAACUUCUGCAGAACCUUAGAUCUACUGUAGAAGGAUUACUGAUUGAUGGUAUAGCAAAUGUAUGGAAUGUUUAUGGUGGUUUAAAUCGAUUGCAUAAUGCGAUGGAACAAAUCUUUAAACAUGGUUGUCGUAUAUUCAAUUCUAAUGGUGAACCAGAUUGUUGGAUUUUUAUUCAAGGAUUAAAUUGGCUUCAACCAUCGUUAGUAUUAUCACCUAUUAUAGCUGAAAAUGAAGAUUAUUUUUCUAAUUUACCUGCAAGAAUAGUUUCUCAAAAGGAUAUGUUAUGGUUAUACAAAAGCUUGGAAAGCCACAACCUAUCUCAUAAACUAUCCUGGCUUUUGUCUGAUAAGGAACAUUUACUUUCUUGUCUUGAACCAUGGGCUUUUUUAUGUCAAGAAAAUUUGGCUGAGGCUACACUCAUAUGUUUAAAAGCUGUGGAAAGAAAUCAACUUGUACUUCUUACAGAGAUUGAUCCAUGUUUAUUUCAACCAAACUGGAUUUCUUCUAACUUAAGUCCUAAAAGACAUAAACGUUCCUCAUCAUAUCCUGUCAACUUUUGUUCUGCAACUGUAGGUAUAUUGAGAGAAAGAAAAGUACAUAUUCAAACACACAGUCAGUUAGAACCAUUCAAAAUACCAUGCACAAGUAAAAGUGUUAAAAACAUUGCUUCUGAACGUAACCAAGAUAGUAUUAAUAAAAAUAAUGUAAAUAAGAUGGACAAAAUAAAUGAUAUAUCUUUAAAAACAUGGAACAGUCUUCCAACAUUAGAUGACUCUUAUAAGAGUUCUUCAGAAAAUUCAAUUAUUUUGAACUCUACUGAAAAUACUUACGUGCACAAAACUGUUAGAAUUCAAACACCUCCUGUUGAAUUGUCAAAAAUAAUUCAGAUAAAUUACUCAGAUGUAAAACAAUCAACAAAAUCUAUGGGUGAAAAAGUAGCAACAAAAUUAAAGACUUCCUCAAGAAAAAUUAGGAACAAAGUAAAAUUGGCGCAUGAUAAACGAAUGUUAAACACAUAUAGUGGAAGUUCAAAUACUUUAAAUUAUGAAGAUUCAGUAAGAGCAGCAAUUGAAGAAUGUUGUAUUUCGUCGAAAAAUACAGAUAGAGUACAUUUAAAGGAAUCUGCGACUAAUUCAAAUGGUAUAAAAAUUGAUCAAAAAUUAAAAAAGAAAACUGCUUUUUUGCCAGGAUCUGCACCUGAAUUUUCUAAUUCAUGGUCAGUAGAAAUUGAAGGACAAAAGGACAUUAGAACACCAAAGAAAAGUUUUAUGGAGGAUGGUGGGAGUAGUGUCCAACCUAUGGCUACAGGAUAUUUUCCCCGACCUAUAGAAGGACAAAGCUUGACAAGUUUUUUGUCUUCUGCACAAUUUUCUAAAUCUAAUGCUGAAUUAGAUAGAGAAAAUGCACAUUUUAGUAUUUCUGAAGCUAUGAUAGCCGCUAUUGAACAAAUAAAAUGUAACAGACAAUGGUGUCUUGUAGAAGAAACUGUUGAAGAUAGUGAUGAAGAAAUUAAUAAUCUUAAACAAAGAAUACGAAUUAGACGACGUCAACGCCAAGAAGAACGAUAUAGAGAAAGAACAUGGAAUCGUGAUUUAUUCAGUGAUGGAAAGACUGACACAACUACUACUGAUCAAAGUGUGAGUCCCUUAUCAACCUCCUCUAAUAGUCCAUCUGAUAGUAUUUCAACAGAUGAUAUAGAAGAUAUAGAAGUAGAUAAUGUGAAUAUGACAAAAUUAAAAAAUUCUGGAAUAUCUGCAUCUAUGGCUUCACUAUAUUCUGAUGCUGAUUUGCAUCAAUUUAAGCAAGGUUUAGAAUCAUCACAAAAUGGAUGUAUUAUAUCUGCAGAAGGUGUAGCAUUAUCGCUUAUUAGUAGAUUUAGUGAGAAACAGCUCCCACGAGCAAGUGAAUUACAAUGGCUUGUUUCUGAAAAAGAUGCUCCACAACGAUUAUUACCAUUGCCAAAAAGCUGGCCUGUUAGUCCAAAUGAAGUUGAAACAGAGGAAUCUAUUCCAUUACGUGGAACUAUAGAAUGGGCUCCACCUAGACCACAGAUUAUAUUUACUCCACAUCCUCCACCUAUGAGACGAACUUUAAUAGCUAAACAGAAUUAUAGAUGUGCAGGUUGUGGUAUGAAAGUUGCAGUCAAAUAUGCUAACAAGUUUCGAUAUUGCGAGUAUUUGGGUAGAUAUUUUUGUACUGGUUGUCAUACAAAUCAAGUAACUCUAAUACCUGGAAAAAUUUUAUCUAAAUGGGAUUUUAAUAGGUAUCCUGUGUCUAACUUUUCAUAUAGAUUGUUAGACCAAAUGAUGCUUGAUCCAUUGUUCCAAAUACAGGAUUUAAAUGCUUCAUUGUACAGACGUAUAAAACAGUUAGAAAGAACAAGAAUACUUCGUACAAAGUUAUUUUUCCUGAAAGAUUUUUUGUAUACUUGCCGUUUUGCAGUAAAUGUUCAAGAUAUUUUAAAGAAAGAGUCAGAUUAUAUAAUAAAUGAUCCACAUGUGUACUCCAUACAGGAUCUGAUGUAUGUUAAACUUGGUAUAUUACCGAUGCAGUUACAAGAAUUAAUCGAAAUGUGUAAUGCACAUGUUGCUUCUUGUGAAUUAUGUCAAGCAAGGGGAUUCAUAUGUGAAGUAUGUUAUUCUAAAGACGUGAUAUUUCCAUGGGAAUUGUCUAAAAUUACUCGAUGUGAAACUUGUGGAGCUUGCUUUCAUAAUGAAUGUAAACAAACUUCAAAUGAACUAGAAUGUAAGAGAUGUAAUCGUUUGCAAGCUAGACGAGUAUCUAGACAAGAAGCACUUUGACAAAAGGUAAGGAUAUCUUCUACUAUAGAAACACCAAUUAAAUUAGAAUGUAAACGAUAAAUUUUUGAAAGUUUUUAAAUUAUAUGUAAAUUAAAUUUGAUAUUAUUUAUAAUUGAUUUGUAUGUACAUUCUUCUUUUCCUUAUUUGGGAGAAUUUUUAAUAUUAUUAAAGGAUAAAAAUUAUAAAUAUUAAUUUUUCUGUAAUUAUGAUUGAUAAUGUUUGGUAUGUUCCAAUUCUCAGAAUCAGCACAUAGAAAUUUUUUGGUUCCUUUAAAUUAUUAGCUAUUUAUUUAAUAUUAAUAUAAUGUGCAUAAAUAAUAGUGAUGUAGAGUAUUUGAAUAUUACUAAUAACAAUAUUAUAAAUACUAUCCAUACCUAUAUCUAAUAUUAUAACAUACAUUAUGGUUAGUACUUAGAAUGUAUCUUAAUUUCAAUAGAAUUGUUUUAUUUGUCAGUUAUUAUUGUAACAAUAUUUUGUGAUUAAUGAUAUACUGAUAAAUAAAACAGAUUGUAUAUUAAGAGCACAUUUUAAAUGCAUACCAUUAGGUAUGGUAAGACUGACAAAAUUGUGAUAUUCAAUACUAAUUUUCUCAAUUAUAUAUCUUUUAUUUAAUAAAUACAUUUUAAGAAAAGAUAUAUAUCUUUUUGCUAGCAAUUGUUACCGCAAUACGAAAAAAGAAAAAUAUGAUAAACAUAUUCUAUCAAAAAAUGUUAUUUAAGCAAGAGACAUUUAAAAAUGUUUAAAAAUACCAAAUAAUUUAAAACAUAGAAUAAAUAUUUCCAAGAAAAUAUUAUAUACAAGCUAGUUAAAAAAAGGUAUAUUUUGUAGAUAAUAUGUACAGGGAUAAAUAUGAUAAAACUUGUAUUUAGUUACUUAGUAUCAUAAGAUAUGCUUAUAGUUAAAAAAUAAUCAGUAAUAUUAGUUGUGUAUGCCAGAACAAAUAAUAUCAUAAAAGUAUCUAUUUUUAUCUCAAGAGUAUGUUAUCACAUAUUUAUUAAAAUUGUUAGAAUAAAAAUAAUUUGUAAUGAAAAAAAAAGAACUUCUAAAUGUUAUUAUACAUUCUUUGUAAAUUAUUAUAAUUUCAAAUUUGUUAUUAUAUAUAUAUAUUAAGGAUUGACUAAUAAUAAUUAAUUGAAAGCAUGACAUUAUAAUAUUAGAUUAAAAAAGCAUUUACACGAACAUUAUGUAUUGUCCAUUAUCAUAUUUUAAUUUUCACCUAACAAAUAUUCAUGCAGCUUACCAAUAAACUCAAUAAAAUAACAAUCAUCACAUGGUUUUAUUAUUUAUAAUAGUUGACACACUUAUAAAAUCAUAGUCACUUACAUAUUUGAUAGAAAAUAUAUAUUUACACCACCUAAUUUCAAUAAGUUCCAUAACUGCACAUUAGAUCUCUUAUUAACUUUUACAUUAAAAAAUUUCUUCUAGUUUUGACCUAUCCCUUAUGAGCAUAUGUACAUAUUGGUCACAAUAAUCAGUAUGUACAAUUAUAUAUGUGAAUUUGACAUACAUUUAGCAAAAAAUCUUCCGUUGCUAAUACACAAUAUAAUUUAACUUGGUGUUAGUAUACAAGUUAUAUUGCUAUACAAAAAUGACUGCAAUGUGCAAUUAACACGCAAAAAUUUGUGACGUUUGUUUUAAAUGUUGAUAUCACAGGUGGUAUUUUAUAUUAUUAUAGUGUUAUUUUAUAAGAAAGUUUGAAUGUAAGUGUAACUAUAAUUUUUUAUAUAUUAUAAUUAAUUUUGUUUUGUGAUAAUUUUCAAUAUAUUAUAAUUAAUUUUGUUUUGUUAUGCUUUGGAAUGCUUCAAAAGCUGGAUGUACAAGAUUAACCACAUAUUAUAUAUAUAACAAAUUAAUUUGUAUACAAACAUUGAUAUACUGCAAAGACUAUAUUCAAUUUGACGGUAUAUAUCUGAAUAUAAAUAAAAUAUAUGAGUUUCUUUUUAUAUCAUUGUGAAAUUUGUUUUUUAUUGUGAAAACAUUCAUUAUCUGUAAAAAUCUGAUUCCACAAUAUUUUGUUGAACCUUACAACGAACGUACCAUAAUAUUUUUUUCGUUUUUUAGAACUUCUAAAAGUAAAAGCAUGCUAUAAAUUUUUUCUUAUCUACAAUAUUUAUCAAAUUCAGUCAUUAUACAUUUAAAAAGUAAAAUACUAUGGAAUCGUUGCGCACAUUCUGUAUAAACAGUGGACAAUUUGAUAAAUAUUUGUUUACCAACAUUCUGUUACUUUUAUCAGUCUAUAUAAGAUGUAAUAGUGCAUAACAAUGCGCCACACUUUUAAUACACUAAGAGUACCCUGACAUAUUCUAAGAACACUACAUAAUUUUUUAAUGUAGUAUUAUAUGUGUACAUAUAAAUUCAUAUAAAAGUAAUUCACAAAUUACAGCAAUGUAAAUGGGUCUGUUGUAGUACAAUGUAUAUCAUAUAAAAAAAGAAAAAAAAAAAAAAAAAUAAAUAAAAUGUAUUAUAUCUCAACUUUCAUAUUUUAAAUACUUUUAAAUCAUUGUCUCGAAGUAUAAAAGUGUGACGCUAAAAUAUAUUUUGUUAACAAAAAUCGUAAAAUAGAUCGUAAUAUAGAGCAAUAGAGAAAAUAUUGAUAUGUAUAAAUAAUAAUAAUAAAAAAAAAAAAAAAGAA